CUAAUCAUCAUAAACCAAAACGAAAAAACUCAAAAUUGUAAAUAUUUUGUUUGAUCGUUUUGACACGUAAUUUGUUUCUAUGUACUAAGUUUGCAAUUAUAAUUUACAAUAUUUUGAAGUGAAAAACAGAGUAAAAUAGUUCCUCUUGUAAUUUAUUGAUAAUUGUAAUUGCAAUAAAUUAACUAUAAAAAUAUGGCUGAGAACGUUAAUAUAGAUCUUUCGGGAGAAAUCAAUGCCACUACUGAAAAGAAAGGUUUACAAAAGUAUGUGAAUGAAGUAGAAUUACUACUGCAGCAUGUGCGAAGUGGUGCUGCUCCAGCUCUGGUGCUAGGUCUGCUAUCUAACAGACGACCAUGGACACAAUUUAUUGCCACUGAAAACUUUAAGUCUCCUGCUUCAAUUCCUCGGCUUACAAGACGUUUUUAUAGAAAUAUUGAAUAUUUCCAAGCCAAUUAUUUGGUGAUAUUCCUAGGACUAUUUGCAUAUUGUCUAAUAACUUCACCACUGCUUCUGAUUGCAAUGGUUGCCAGCUUUUUUGGAUAUAGAAAAUUAACAUCUGGACCAAAUACAUGGAAGAUUGGAAGUUGGGAAUUAAGUAAAACUCAGCAGUAUGCUGUGUAUGCUGCUGCAUCAAUGGCUUUGUGCUGGUUGGCUGGUGCUGGGGCUGUUCUGUUUUGGGUCUUAGGAGCUACUGUCACUGUUGUGGCUCUACACGCAAGUUUCUUUGAUGCAGAGAGCCUUCCACCUUCAGAUGAGCAGUUCCCAAUGAUUGAGCAAGUUUGACAGGAUCACUUGCCACUGUUUCUGCCAUCACCUGGUCGCAUGAUACCUCUUGAUCCACCGUUGUUGAGUUGAAUCUAUUGGUGCAAUUUUCAAAUUAAUUUAUUUGGUUAUAUGCACAAGCUUUAUCACUAAAAAGUAGUGUUUUUUAUAAGAUAUAAUCAUGUUUUUUUUUAAUUUAAUUAAUAUUGGGAGAGUCUGGAGUAAAAAGGAAAUUGCUCCACCAAUAAGGUUAAUAAUUAAAUGAUGUUUGUAAGUAUAAUAGAAAUGUAGUGAUAAAGAAAAUAAUUAAAUUAUUGAAUUAUUUAUAUCAAGAUAUGU